AUGGCCGUGCCCCUCGAUCCCAAGUUUCCUGAAAAUGUUGCGCAACUCGCCGCCCAGUCCGGCCCUCACGUUCUGUCGCACCUUGGUGACAGAUUGGGAGCACCCGCCAGCAAAUGGGGCUCUGACGAAAUGCAAGCCGUCAGGGUCACCAAGGACGCCAAAGCUUGGCAGACACGUUUUCUAUCGUCCCUAGACGACAAUCAUGAAGAGUCGUGUCCAAUCUGCCAACGCUCGAGCUCAUCCUCUCAGCAAAUUAAUCUCAACGUGGUUGAGCGUCUUCGCGAACGUGUUUCCGGACUUCGCACCGCCUCUGAAUCUUCCUUGUACAGCUCCCCCGAUGGUCGUUUCCGCCUCGCACUGGCCAGAUUAAUUCGGUCCGAUGUUCGAGAUGAAGACAGGAAAUAUUCCACCCGCGAAAGUGCUGGUAACAGGCAGGCCACGCAUUAUCCCGGUUUUGUCCCCUCAUCCACGAUUCCAAUUCCGGAAUCCUCAUCCCCUGCGCGGCCGUCUUCGUCCGAAUAUAGCGGUAGUCGCGCUAGCGUUCCUCUGGACGACGACCAGAACGAGUCCCGCGCCCGCAAACCAGAGUUACUUGUGGCCGAGCUGGCUAAGGAACUCUUCUCCCUGUCUCUGUACUCGGUCCUAGAACAAUCUCGCCCCCAGGAAGAGUAUUGCUUUCGCCCAGAGAGCCAUAUAUGA